AUGUCUGCUCCUAUCAUUCCUGAACACCAGACGGCCAUCAUUGCCGGCCCAGCGGGCGAAUUCCAGGUCUCCUCAGAUGUCAAGGUUCCCAGUUUGGAGCCCCAGGAGAUUUUGAUCAAGACUGGUGCUGUGGCUUUGAAUCCGGUCGAUACUAAGCUUAUUGGUGACUUCGUGACUCCUGGUGUCAUGUUUGGCUUCGACUGUGCCGGCACAGUCGUUGCCGUUGGAAGUGGUGUGACCAGCAACGUCAAGGUCGGAGACCGAGUUUGCGGGUCUGCCAGUGGAAUGAACAAGCUGAAGCCGCUAGGCGGCUCUUUUGCCGAAUAUGUGAAGCUUCAAGGCGAUAUGUGCUUGCACGUGCCUGAUUAUAUGUCUAUCUCUGAUGCGGCGUCAAUGGGUACUGCGAUCGCUUCGGCUGCUAUGUGCCUGUUCGUGUCGCUCAAGUGGCCCGGAAGCUGGAUGGAGGGCCCCAAGGAGGGCGACGAGCCUAAGCCUCCUGUCAUGGUCUACGGUGGAAGUACCUCAACCGGUACCAUGGUCUUGCAGUUGCUGAAAUUGUGCGGCUUCCCCACAAUCACCACCUGCUCUCCUCACAACUUUGAUUUUGUCAAGUCAUAUGGUGCCGAUCAGGUGUACGACUACAAGGCCGCCGACUGUGCGGCCAAAAUCCGUGCCGAUACCAACGAUGAGCUUGAAUUUAUUAUUGACUGUUUUGCCGAGGACUCCUCCAUGCGAUUCUGCUAUGCCGCCAUGGGACGCGCUGGUGGAAAGUAUGUGGCGUUGAACCCAUUCAGCGAGCAUCUACACAACCGCAAGGUCAUCGAGCCGGACUGGAUCCUAGCUACCCGUAUCUCUGGUGACGGCUCCAACUGGCCUGCCCCAUUCUUCUGCCCCCCCGAGCCCAAGAUUUUGGAGAUCUCCCUUCCCUUGUACUCCAUCUUCCAAUCACUGCUGGAUGAGCGCAAGAUCCGUCCCCACACUGUGAGGUUGGAGGCUGGUGGCCUUGCUGGAAUUCCUGAUGGAGUGAAGAAGAUCCGUAGUGGCGAAGUCAGUGGUGUGAAGCUGGUCUACCCUUUGGCUUGA